UUGUUUAUUUCCCAGCUGAAGAUAAAGGAAGCUGAUCACGUUCCUGGCUUACUCAAUGUUUUGGACGUGUUUUUAAUAUCUCCCAUCUGUUUUAUCUGUGUAUGUAAUACAAUCUUAGUGAAAAAAACAUAAAAUAUUUUUCGAUCGGGUGGGAUGAAAGUAGUGAUUUUACUUUAUUUGUUGACGUUCGUAUCUUAGCUAACGUUAAUUAACUUGCGCUAGCUGUACUACAACCUGGAAAUCGAGCAUUACUACAACACAGACUGUAACGUUACCAGGUCUGAGGAAUCUGUUGAUUUCUCCCUUUAUGGAUUUGUGAAGAUAUUUGCUCUCCUCAAAUUAUGGAAAACCAAAGACAAAAUAAUCUGUCAAUGGUGCCAUGUUACCUCUGAUAGGAUGAUCAAAAGUCAAGAGCAAGAUGAAUUCAUUGCAGUGAGAGUUCAGGAUCCUCGUGUUCAGAAUGAAGGGUCAUGGAACUCAUUUGUGGACUUCAAAAUUUUCCUUCAUACAAACAGUAAAGCAUUCACUGCCAAAACAUCCUGUGUGAGGCGGCGAUACAGCGAGUUUGUGUGGUUGAAGAAAAAGCUGCAAAAGAACGCUGGUCUGGUGCCUGUUCCUGAUCUGCCCAAAAAGUCUUUAUUCUCGUUUAUUACCGAUGACUUCAUUGAAAGAAGGAGAAGGGGUCUUCAGAGCUUCUUAGAUAAGGUGCUCCACAUGACAGUAUGCCUGUCAGAUAGCCAACUCCAUCUUUUCCUGCAGACCCAGCUUCCUGUCAAGCACAUUGAGGACUGUGUGCAGGGUCACACCCCUUACACUGUGACAGAGGCCAUUCUGAAUUAUGCUUCCUCCAACCUUGGCUGGGUCCAGGAGGAAGGGGCCGGGGCCCAAGAAUUAUGGCCCACCCCUGUUCCAUACGAAUCAGUAGAGAGUCCUGCUCCUCACGUCCCUUCAUUACAAAGUCCAGGGGCCACAUUCAAUGGACCUUCAAAUGAACUUCCAGACGUUUCAGACUCCGAGUCGAGACUGAGUUACGCAGAUCAGACUGCACAUGACCUGAAGCAGGUUAUUGACCAUGAACAGCUGCCUCAAGAGGAAGAGGAUUGCAUUAAAUUAGAAGUUGAAAUCCUCCCAAAUCUUGUUGGUUCUGUAGAAACGGAGGAAGAGGGUGGAAACAUUAGAUCAAAUAAGGUCACCAAAGAUCUACAAAGUUAUGAUUGUGAAUAUCCUGCUCCACAGACAGAUGGACAAAAUGAGCCUCUGCAAGGAGAUACAAGCAAUGAAGAAGAUCUUGAUCAAGAAACGUCUGUUGGCGAAGAUUACAUAACCUCAGUAGAUGGAGUCAUUGAGGAAAGGACUCUUGGUGAUGUCAAUGAAGCGAAGAAGGGAGGUCAAGAAGCUGGACUUGAACAGGACGGCACUGUGAGACAAACCCCUAAAGAGGACCUUUAUGAAGAAGAUCCAAGAGUAAGGAUCCAUAAUAACAAAGUAGCUCUGGAUCUCAGUGCUGUCAAGGAAGACAAUGCUAAGCAUCAUAAAGAGAAGGUACUUGAAAGCGCAGCUACAACUGUAGAUGUUGCACGCCAUGAUGCUUGUGAAGAGAACAUGCCAGGUACUAAAGAUCAUGAUAAAGUAGAAUUAACAGAGAACUAUAUGGUCCAAGAGAAUGGAGUCAGUGAUGAAGACUACAGUGAAGAUGCUGCGAUCCAGGAAGAGGCCAUGAAUGCAAAUGUGGAGCAUAUAGGUGAGGUGAACAAGCUCAAUGCAAAAUGUCAUCAGCCCGGCAGUGGCAUUUUGAUACUUGAGGGAAUUGAGGAAGCAGUGAGCACACAAACCAACCCCGUGACAGAGACUGUCAGCAACCCAGACACAAACUCUGCUGAUGUUAACAAGCCAUAGAGAUUGAUUCAAUGCAGUAUCAGGAGACGGACAGUCAGGUAAUCAGCAUUACCCACCAACCAGAUACUAACUAAGUCCCGUUGGAAUUGGUACGGUCAUAGACUAGAACCAUUGUGUUCAAAGAGUCCUCCCACCAGCUCUCUCUCAGUCAACAUCUAAGACGUUCUUCUACUGUGAUCUCAGAAUGAGUGAGUGAAUGUAGCUGUAAAGGGAGGAACACAUCACUUUUUUUUUUGCAUUGUCCACUGUUGUUGUUUUCAGUUACAGACUGUUUACAGAAGAUACACUGAAUGAUUAGACAGGCUGUGUUUUUCCGAACAAACAGAGAUAAUGCUUGUCCUAAUGUGCCAUUCAGGAUCGUGAGCAAAUUGCACUUGCCACGAAUAAUUAUGAAUCCAUGGUAGCGAGCGAGAAAGGGAACUGUACACAGAGCAGGAUAUAAAUCGCUAUGGCACCUUGACUCUAAUUUUCUCCAUUCUAAAUCAAAAUAGCUUUGUUUGUAUGAUUGUGGCAACUUUAUCGUCAAACAAGAUUACCACAUGACAUGCUUAUCUAUUGUAGCAUUUUCAAAACCCAAUUUUGACUGACUUGUCACUUUUUUAAAGCACUUCCCUAUUUUACCAACGGUAAAAAUAUGUUGCAUGUUUGCUCUGGUGGAAGUUUGGGGAAAGUUCACCCAAAAAUUCUGUCAUCAUUUUCUCACCCUUGUGUUAUUCCAAACCUAUAGGACGUUCUUGUGUGAAACGCAAGAAAAUAUUUGGAAAAAGUUUUUUUUGGACCCCAUUGACAUUUAUUGUAUAGACAAAAACCUUCAAAAUAUCAUCUUUUGUGUUCACUUUGAAUAGAGAAUGUCAUACAGGUUUGUAACUCCCAUUGGGGUGAGUAAAUUAUGACAGAAUUUACUACUAUCUGUUCAGCAUUAGUGUAGUUGUUGAGAGUGUGUCGUCUUUGGUAUUUAAUUUCCUAGGUCAAAACACUAAUUUUCUUUA